AUGGGAAAAGGAACGGAUAAACUCUAUAUCACCCAUUCAGAAUGGGCAUCGGAGGAUGCCUUUUCUGCCAACGCAGGCGCAGGAGUCGGAAGAGCCAGGCGAGGCGGUGCCGAGGGGGCGUUCAAGCGCCUUCCCUUCAAGUUCUGCUCCCUCUCCCUGCAGCCAUUUUCGCAUCCCGUCUGCACCCCGUCCGGCACCGUCUUCGACCUGACCAACAUUCUUCCCUGGAUUAAGAAGCAUGGCACGAAUCCUGUGGACGGCAGCCCGCUCAAGAGCGCCGAUCUGAUCAAGUUGCACAUCCCGAAGAACGAGUCGGGGGAGUUCGUCGACCCAGUCACGUACAAGGUCCUGACCGAUAACACGCAUAUCGUUGCCUUGCGGAAUACAGGGAACGUGUUCGCGUGGGAUACCGUGGAGCGGUUGAACAUCAAGGGGAAGUUGUGGCGCGACUUGGUCACGGACGAGGAGUUCACUCGGAAGGAUAUCAUCACGCUACAGGACCCGCAGAACAUCGAGUCGAGGAACAUGAGUACGUUUAACUAUCUGAAAGAUGGCGAGACCGACAUCCCUGGGCGGGGUGAGCAGCCGGAAAACGUCAAUGCCAAUGCGCUGGGAAGCUCUGCGAAAAUCCUCAAGGCGAAGGAGGCGGUGGCUAAGGCGCGUUCGGAAAGGGCUCAGCGGACGGGCUCUGCUGCUCUAUCCCAGACCAAGGCGGACGGCUCCGCCAGCUCGGCAUCCCAGAAGAAGGCGGCCGCGCUGCAAUCAGGGAAACCGGUGCCGUACAAUGCGGCUAAGCAUACCACUGGUCUGGCUGCCGCUUCGUUUACCAGCACGGGAAUGACGCCACACACGUCCGGUGAACUCGCUCUGCUAUCAGACGAGGAAUACAUGCUAAAGAGAGGCCGGGUCAAGCAGAAGGGCUACGCUCGGAUCUCAACGACAUCUGGCGAUUUGAACUUGGAGCUCCACACCGAGUAUGCGCCAAAGGCUGUGUGGAACUUUAUCAAACUGGCCAAGAAAGGCUACUACAAGGAUGUGACUUUCCAUCGCAAUAUCAAAGGCUUCAUGAUCCAGGGUGGAGAUCCCACGGGAACUGGACGAGGGGGCGAGAGUGUCUGGGGCAAAUAUUUCAGCGAUGAGUUCGAGGGCCCUCUCAAACACGACUCCCGCGGCACUCUCAGUAUGGCCAACAAGGGUAAAAAUACCAACAGUAGUCAAUUUUUUAUUGCCUAUCGUGCACUCCCCCAUUUGAAUCUUAAGCACACCAUAUUCGGAAAUGUCAUCGACGAUCCGACACCGUCAGCGCCCACGCUAAACAGUCUAGAGACCCACCCCGUCAAUCAAACGACGAACAAACCUACGCCAGACAUUCGGAUCAAAGACGUCACGGUCUUCGUGGACCCAUUUGAGGAGUUCUUGAAGCAGAAGCAGGCAGAAGAGGCAGCCGGGAAGGCAGGACCAGACCCCGCGGAAGAAGAAGAGAAUGCUCGACGCGCAGAAGACGACCACAUCACCUGGACGGGGAAACGAGUUCGGGGAGCUGGGUCGACGGACACAGGAGAUGGAUCUGGCGGAGGAGUGGGCAAGUACUUGAAGGCUGCGCUGAACAACCAAGCCGGUCAAGAAGAGGAUGAGAUUGUUGAAUUUGUGGAUGAGCCUGAGCCUGAACCCGUGCGAAAGAAAUUGAAGGGCAGGGGAGGUUUUGGUGAUUUCAGUUCCUGGGAUUAG